UCGUGGCACAUGCACAUGACACAACUAAGGCGGAAGAGUGUUGUGAAGUCUAACAUCCUGUAAAAUGCUACAUGGCUGAGUAGUUCUGUCCACUUCUUCGUUGGGCAUUUGCGCUAUCUGUCAACACGGAGAGGGAGAGUCGCUCGCUAUCCAACGUUUCGGAUACGGACAACUUGGUGUGAGCGCACCCAGCUGUGUGACUAGCAAGCUGUGAGCGCUGCUUUGAAAAUGUCGCUGGAGGUGCUGAGUGUCAGCGAGGCACCAGAGAGCGAAGGAGCAGAGCGUAUUCAGCAGCUGCAGGAUGAACACGCCGAGCUCACACGGUCUCUCCUGUCGCUCACUACUCACUUUGCCCAGGUUCAGUUCAGACUGAAGCAAAUUGUUGCUGCAGACCCAGAUGACAGGGAGAAAAUGCUUAUGAGUCUGGAAGAGGUGGCCUCACAUGGAUGUCCUGAUGUGCGGACCCGAGAGGAGUCGUCCAAUUUGCUCCAGCUACUGAGUGAGAAAGAUUACGAAGAGCGGCUGCGUGACCAGAAGGCAACCCAGCAGCAUCUCAUCCAGCAACUGCAGUUCCAAUUGGACGAACUGGAGCGCCACUCAAUGGACUCACAGCAGAGAGCUAAUGAUUUGCAAACACAGUUUGAUCCUGAGUUGGCGGAACGCCAACGGGCGCUCAUCGAUGGGCUAAAGUCGAAACUCAACAUCAACAUUGACAUAAUGGAAGCAAUGAGUGUCGAUGAAGUUCGUCAAAGUGUCGACUCGGUGGUACACGAGGUUACCAGGCCAGCAAGGUCAAAGGAGCAGCAGAUUCGGAUUCUUGCCAGUCAGGUUGAGGACUUGGAGAGAUAUGUGGCGUUUCUGAAAGAGAACUCUGGACUUCCAGUUGGUAAUCACGAGGUUGUCAGAACAGAGCCCACACGCAGUAAACCUGCUGCCCGAACCAAAGGCAAAGCAACGCGGAAUGAAGGGGUCGGCCAACUGGAUCGCAAGCACGUUCCCUGUGCGUUGGUAGAAGAGGACGAGGAUGAGGAUGAGGAAGCGGUGGACGGUGCUACGGAAGAAACCUUGUUGCGUGACAGAAAUCACCAAAAGCGCGAGUAUUUGAAUGACAAGGGACAAACAAUCCUGAGGAAUGCAGCCGUCAGUAGUAUCCAGUGGUUUGCUCGGUUCCUUUGUGGUAUUGGACUAGCGCAACGUGGUGAUGAACUGCGAAAGGAAGCUUGUCGGGCACUGUGUCAGAAAGUGAAGCAGGCUGUCGAUGAUAUUCUAACACUGGUGGCUAGUGAGGUCAACAGCAGUCCGGAGGAUGAUGUGCUUGCCCAUCCUGCCAUUCGAACACCGCCCAUUGAACUGGUGAAGCUGGCUCGUCUUCGCCUUGGCAGCUCACUGAUGGAUGUGUUCCACUAUGGAUUGAUUGAGCCACUGGUCGGUACUGGUCUAGUACCGGGCUGGCACACCCUCAGCUGCACAGUUGUGCCAAGUGAGACUGUCAACAUUCCACCAAGAAAUCGCCACCAUGUUUGGCAGGUCUUCGAGCAGUUCUACGCUCUCAAGAAAGGACAUGAGUACAACUCCACACCAGCAAGAACACUAUCGUCGGCAUUCAACAUGCCCCUGGAAGGAGGUGUUGCGGUUACACCUCGACAGAGGUUAUUCGACUGUAUGAUGAAUAUACAGCGCACACACGAAACAGCCUACAAGUCACCUGAUGUCAAGUUCCGCAGCUUGGUGUGUGCUGGUAUGAAUCACGGCCUACUAGCGGCAUGGUGCAACAUGGUGGCUACGUCCGAUGAGGUGACUCAGCGAAAUUAUCAGCCCUGGGCAUGUAUUCGCACGUCCUUGAAAAGCGUUGUGAAGGACUUGGAGAGAUUGUCGUCACUCACAUUCAAUCUGUCCAUUGAGCCACCCAUUGGUCUGAACACUGGCAGCAGUGAAGAUUUGGUCAGUAGUCCAGGAGAAUAGAACAUGAUCAGUGAGCAUUACCCCCGGCCCGUUAGCAGCAUUACCCCCGGCCCGUCAGCAGCAGCAGCAGCAGCAGCAGCAGCAGUAGCAGUAGCAACAGCAGCAGGCAAUGAGUACCGAAUGCAGCUGUGCUAUCGAUUUUGAUGUCAUGCACCACUGUCACCGCCCAUGCGCUGCAUUGUGAGAGUGCAGGGGCAAUGGAGAGUUUCGGCUUCCGGCAUUCAACAGUAGUACGGGGUCAUUUCCGUCAUCUUCAAUCAUACUUGACAGCCAGGGCGCUUGAAUGCUGUAGCUAGACUUGUGUUGGGUUGGGUCCGCGGCGGCUCAGGAUCUCUGUGUACCUGAGCUGUAUUUUUACAAUGAUACUUGAUGUUUGACUGUUUGGUCCAGUGGAAUGUGGCCGUGGUGCAUGUAUGUAUGACAUCACAGCAGAUUCUCAAACCCUGCUGCUGUUCAUGCAUGUACUGUGGAUUGUGUUUAUGCUUCUGAGAACUACAAUUUCAAAUUUUCAAAACUCUAGCAAGGCACCAGAGCUGACAUGAUUACUGUUUUCUGCGAUAUUUCAGAGUUCCAAGCAUCUUAUAUAAACCAAUAGACAACAUCCCAUUUUCAGCUUUGCUCUAAUAUUUAUCCAAUUUGCUGUCAGUAAAUCAGUAAACGUGUUUUUAUCAUCAAGAACAUGAUUGUAUUCAAGGUGAUCAGGCUGGGAUUGAUUCACUGGUUCUCACUGCUCAUUUCCACAUAUCCUAUGCAAACAUAAUGUGAAGAUGGAAUAAUAAUUAUUACUCGUACGUGUA